AUUUCAUUCAAUUAAUGGUAGUGUUUGGCAUAUAUCGGGUGACAAGUAAUGCAUUUCACGCAGAAAUGGCUAAUUAUCCCAACAUUACUACCGAUGAGUGCGGGAUAUCCAGGGAUUCAUUACUGAUGGACAACAAGUGCUUUACAUACCAUAAAGUGGAUAAUACAGUGAGUCGUAUAUUCAAUGGUAGGCGGGCCACAGAUGGAGAGUUACCCUGGCACGUUUAUAUAAAGAUAUCCACAAAACUAAAUUAUUAUUGCGGGGGCAGUAUAUUGAAUGAGUGGUGGAUAUUAACCGCCGCUCACUGUGUUGUACAAAAUUUACAUGGUACCGUAACCAUUUACCCGGGAAUGCUCAGCAGAUUUCAUCCCGGUACCGGAUACCUAUCCAAGAAAAUUAUAAUACACCAAGCUGAUGACAUCGCACUCAUUGAGCUGAACACUGCACUCAACUUCACGGCCCCGAAAGGCUCACACUAUCGGCGGUUAAACAGCGUUUGUCUCCCGAAAGCAGACAUCAAGAACACCGACAAAGAGUACGCUUUGGUCGCCGGUUUUGGUCGCAUUAAUGACACACAUUAUCCCAAUUGGCUUCAGAUGGGUUGGGGUGAUAGUGGCGGUGGAGUAAUACAGUGGCAAAACGGUAGGGCUGUAGUGAUAGGAAUUGUGGAAAUGACUACAGGUUGCAAUUAUACUGAAUUUUACCGUUUCGUGCGGACAUCGCUGAAGGGUGAUAGUGGCGGUGGAGUAAUACAGUGGCAAAACGGUAGGGCUGUAGUGAUAGGAAUUGUGGAAAUGACUACAGGUUGCAAUUAUACUGAAUUUUACCGUUUCGUGCGGACAUCGCUGAAGGUUAAUUGGAUUAACAAACAGAUUAAUGUUACUUACAAUAGAGUAGAGACAUGUAUAAACUGA